ACAAACUCUUACAUGGAAGAAAAUGGAAUAAUGGUGCGGAACUAUGGUGAUGUUAGCUCAGAUGUGGUCCUCCUUGCAUCUAAUCAACUCAUUUCUUCCUCCUCAACUAAGGUUUUUGAAGAGAACCCAAAGAUUGAUGUUGGAAAUGCCACUAGUACAGGGAAUAGUUCUAGUCAUGCUGUUGAGUUUGUAAAUGGACUCAUAUGGGUUGAUCCUGGAGCAUGUUGCUUCGCUUUGUAUUCAAAACUGAGUGUUGAUAAAGUUCUCCUUCAGCAAUCACCUUUAGCCCUUCCAAAAGCUCUGAAGAACCAUGUUGAGAUAGAAGGAUUGAAGAAGGCCCAUAUUCGGGAUGGGGCAGCUGUUGUGCAAUAUCUUGUCUGGCUUGAUAAGCAGAUGCAGGAACUUUAUGGGGCAUCCGGUUAUUUCAUGGAGGCCGAAAGUACCAAAGAGAAGAAACAACUGGGCACUAGAAGGCUGACAGAAGUCUCGGUAAGUGAUAAGCUGGAGGAGUUCCGUGCAUCAAAGGAGCAUUUUAGAGGACUAAGUUUCCGAACAACCUCCUCUGUUGGUUCAAAUGCUGCCAUUAUCCACUAUAAACCCGAGGCAGAAACAUGUGCUGAACUUGAUCCAGAUUGCAUUUACCUAUUUGAUUCUGGAGCACAGUAUCUGGAUGGAACAACUGAUAUUACACGGACUGUUCAUUUUGGAAAACCUACCCCACAUGAGAAAUCUAGUAACACGGCGGUUCUUAAAGGACAUAUAUCUUUGGGAAAUGCCAGGUUUCCUAAUGGAAUCAAUGGGCAUGCUCUUGACGCUCUUGCUCGAAUUCCUUUGUGGAAAUAUGGUCUUGACUAUAAGCAUGGUACUGGGCACGGGAUCGGGUCUUACUUAAAUGUCCAUGAAGGACCUCAUCAGAUUAGUUUAAGACCAUCUGCAAGGGAUUUGCCGCUUCAAGUUUCAAUGGCUGUAACAGAUGAGCCUGGUUAUUAUGAAGACGGGAAUUUUGGUAUAAGAAUAGAGAAUGUUCUUAUUGUCAAGGAGGGCAAUACAAAGUUCAACUUCGGCGAUAAGGGCUACUUAUCGUUUGAGCAUAUAACAUGGGCACCAUACCAGAGGAAACUAAUAGACGUGAGUGUUCUGGUGCCUGAAGAGGUUGAAUGGCUGAAUGAAUACCAUGCAAAAUGUCGGGAAAUUCUUGCUCCUUACCUGAAUACAUCUGAGAUGGAAUGGCUGAAGAAAGCAACCGAACCUAUUGCAGCUUGACAUGCCCCAUUUGUUAGGGGAUUGGAGUUGAAGGCAUUUACCCAUAUUUAUUGUUUCCUUGUGGAGAUAAAUGAUUUAGCUUCUGACGACUUCACAAAGGGGUCAGCACAUUGACAGAUCUAUUGGUGCACUUCAAGGAGAUGCGACAAGUCUAUGGUGCGUUUAAACGGAAUUAAUAUGGAGUAUGCAAUUCAUUUUUACCGGCUCGCUUGCUUCACUCAUCUCCUUCCCCUCACUUUAUUUCCUAUUGUAUACAACUCCCAUCAUCUUUGAACUCCAUUUGCAUUAAUAGUAACAUCAUCUGUAAUAAAGGCUCCAGCAACAUUGGCACAUAGUUUUCUUAAGUUAAACAUACAGCUUGAAUCUGGUCCAA